AUGUAUGGAGAGGAAGAAGGUGAACAGCCUGCACUUGAGUUUCAAGCAGAUGAUCAGGCCUGUCUAGUGGCACGUUCUAAAUGCCAUCUUCAACUAGGAGAUGCAACUUCAGCAUUAGAAGAUGCUGAAGCAUCAUUAAAAGAUGAUGAUAAAUAUCAUAGAGGACUUUAUCAAAAAGCUGAGACACUCUAUCAAAUGGGAGAUUUUGAGUAUGCUCUUGUGUUCUAUCACCGUGGUAACAAGAUUCGACCUGAUCUUAAUGAGUUUAUAUUAGGAAUACAAACUCAAGAAGCCAUUAAUAAUUCCAUUGGAACUCCUGAAGCUUGUAAACUAGAGAAAACAGGAGAUCUUUCUUUCUUUCAUCAACAAGAUGCUUCACUUAAAGCACAAAAAGCAGCUCGAUCACAAGCAAAAACUAAGGAAGGACCAGUAGCAUCAGAGAGAACUAUGAAAGAAUUAUUAGGAGAGUUAUAUGCUGAUCGUGAAUAUCUAGAAAUAUUAUCUAAAGACUCAGCUUUAACAUAUGGAGAAGCUGAACGUAGUGUUAAGGAGGCUGAGAAGUUAAUGAUGACUAUUCAAAGUCUCUCAGAGCAAGACUUACCCAAUAAAAUGCAGUUUGUGGCUACAGUCCAUUCUUGUCUUGGGUCUGCCUAUUUGGAAAUGGGGGCAGACAGAACAUCAAUAGAACAUUUCACAAAAGACAUGGAAAUAGCAGAAGAAGGGGAUUACCCCGAUGCUAGAGCAAGGGCACUGUACAACCUUGGUAGAGUCCAUUCAAUGAAUGGAGAAUAUGAGAAGGCUAUUGAACUUUGGAUGAAACGUACUCCAAUGUUAAAAACAUCUGAAGAGAGUGCUUGGUUAUUUCAUGAGAUUGGUCGUGCUUAUUGGGAAUUAAACAGCUAUAAAGAAGCAAAGGAAUAUGGAAUCAAGUCUUUAGAUGCUGCUCAAGAUUGUGGUGAUCAAGUGUGGCAACUUAAUGCAUUUAUGUUGAUAGCACAAGCUGAAGCAAAAUCAGGUGAUUUAUCAAAUGCAGUUGCUUCUUUUAAGCAAAGUCUUGAGCUUGCUACAAUUGUUGGUGACACAGAGUCUGAAGAAGGCAUUAAGAAAGCACUUGAACAAGUUAAUAAGCAAAUUGUGGACAAUCUUCAAGAUCCACAAGAUGGCAAUAACCACCAGGAAGUCACUGCUUAA